CAGAACAUCGUAAUAGUGUUGGCUAAAACAGUGUCACGUCUGAUCAUUCCACGAUAGAAACUACGUUGUGGAUAUAUGCUUUGUUCUUUUGGGUUGAAUUAUGCCUUCGCCGAGUAGCAGGAGGUCUAUUGUUCCAUAUCUGGUGCUGGUGCUGUUGGAUUGUUUCUGGCAGUCAGCGUCUGGGCAGCUCUCCUAUACCGUCUCAGAGGAGGUAAACCCGGGAACUAAUGUCGGAAAUAUCGCAAAGGAUUUAAACCUCAAUGUGCAGGAUUUGGAGUCGCGUUUGUUUCAGGUUGUUACAGGAUCUAAAAGGAAAUACUUCGAGGUAAAUCUAAAGACUGGAUUCCUGUAUGUCAAUGAGAGAAUAGACCGAGAGGAGCUUUGUGCAGAAGAACCCAAAUGCACCGUUAGUGUUGAGGCUGUUAUAAACAACCCACUAAAGCUUUACCGCGUGGAAAUAGAAAUCAGAGAUGUGAAUGACCACUCUCCGUCUUUCAACACGAAAUCACAAAUACUGGACAUUGCAGAGAACACAUUUCCUGGAUUUAGAUUAGCGUUAUCAGAGGCAAGCGAUGCUGAUGUGGGUAAAAAUGGUGUGAGUGCCUAUAAACUCAGUGCAAACGAAUACUUUAGUCUUGCGACACAAAAAAGAGGGGAGAGUAUAUCCCCGGAGUUAGUGCUACAGAAAGCCCUAGACCGUGAGAAAAAGCCACAUAUGCAGCUCAUGUUAACUGCGGUUGACGGGGGAACUCCACCAAAUACAGGUACAUCUGAAAUUGAAAUAAAUGUACUUGACAGCAAUGAUAACGCACCGAUGUUCAGCAGUACUCUUUACAAAGUUAAAACAUUCGAAAAUACUCCUAUUGGAACAGUGGUCUUCACCUUAAAUGCGACCGACGCAGAUGAAGGCAUAAAUAGUGAAAUUAUAUAUUCUCUUCGUAAUAAGGAUCAGGAUCAUAUUCUGGAUAUUUUCGAAAUUGAUCCCGACACAGGGAUAAUUUCAGUGAAAGGCAAAAUCGACUAUGAGGUAAGAAAAGCUUUUGAGAUCCGAGCAGAGGCAAGGGACAAAGGCCAACCUCCCUUGUCUGCUCACUGUAAAGUGCUGUUAGAAGUAAUAGAUGUAAACGACAACGCUCCUGAAAUCACCGUGACGUCACUGCUCAAUACAGUUAACGAGGACGCUGUUAUGGGUACUGCUAUUGCACUUGUAUCAAUUCUAGACAGAGACAGUGGUAAAAAUGGGGAGGUGAAAUGUGAGAUCUUAAACACGGUACCGUUCAAAUUAGAGACAAAUUACAAAAACUAUUACUCUUUAGUAGUUGACGGACAGUUGGACAGGGAGACAACUCCUCAGUACAAUGUUACAAUUUCAGCUACCGAUGAAGGAAGUCCCCCUCUAACGAAUAUCAGUGUUAUUACUGUUUACGUUUCUGAUGUUAAUGACAAUGCCCCGCAUUUCCCAGAACAUUUAAUAAACAUUUACGUGAAAGAAAACAGCAAAGUUGGAACCGUUAUUAAAACAGUGACUGCAGCAGAUGAUGACGUCAACAACAACGGUCAGGUGAGCUACUCAAUUUUAGAUAGUAGUAGUACAUCUCUGCCCCUCCCCACAAUGGUCAACAUCAAUUCAGAGACAGGAGAUAUAAUCAGCCUGCAGUCUUUUAACUAUGAGGAGUUAAAAACGUUUCAGUUUAAAGUUCAGGCCACAGACUCUGGUGUUCCUCCGCUCAGCAGCAAUGUGACUGUGAACGUUUUAAUUCUGGAUGAAAAUGACAACAACCCAACAAUCCUCGCGCCCUAUUCUGAGCACGGCUCCGUUAACAGUGAGAGCAUCCCCUAUUCUGCUGAAGCGGGAUACUUUGUGGCAAAGAUCAGGGCUGUAGACGCAGACUCUGGAUACAAUGCGCUGCUUUCUUAUCACCUCUCUGAGCCCAAAGGAAACAACCUCUUCCGGAUCGGAACCAGCACCGGAGAAAUCAGGACUAAGAGGAGAAUGAGUGACAAUGACCUGAAAACUCACCCCUUGGUGGUCUUGGUUUCUGAUAACGGAGAACCCUCCCUGUCAGCUACUGUGUCUAUUGAUGUGGUGGUGGUUGAAAGCACAGCUGACAUCCAGACUCAGUUCAGACAUGUGCCCAUAAAGGAGGACAGCUUCUCUGAUUUGAACCUGUAUCUGCUGAUCGCCAUAGUGUCGGUGUCAGUCAUCUUUCUGCUGAGCCUCAUCAGUUUAAUAGCUGUCAAAUGCCACAGGACAGACGGCAGUUUCAGCAGGUACAGCGCCCCAAUGAUCACCACCCACCCUGACGGGAGCUGGUCUUACUCCAAGUCUACUCAGCAGUAUGACGUGUGUUUCAGCUCAGACACUCUGAAGAGUGACGUAGUGGUUUUCCCCGCACCGUUUCCACCUGUAGACGGGGAGCUGAUCAGUAUUAACGGAGGAGACACUUUUACCAGAACUCAGACCUUGCCUAACAAGGAAAAGGUAAGCCAUGCCUCGAUUUAAUUUUCAUCUAUCUUACUUUUUUUUACAUUUGGGUAACAC